GAAAGGAGAAAAGUGGAAAAGAAGGAAGAUAGAUACUCGAGUAAAAAUCAAGUGGGAUGAUUACAAUGACAAAGUUGCGUGCGGGUCAGAAUAAUUGCAAGAAAUUAUCAUAAUGGCUAUCUGACGUGGAAAUAGAUGACUGGCUAACUCACAAGAAGGGGUGAAGCACUUCAAAGAGAUAAAGAGAGAGAAUUGAAAGAAGAAGAAGAAAAAAAAGGGGGGUUGUGUUUUUUUUUGGGACGGGGUUAAGGAAGGGAGAGUAAAAAAAAAAUACAAAAGGACAAUUCAUUUUUGUAGUCGUUGUUCGCGUUGUUGGGAAGAGGCUAUUGGGGCAUGGAAGGGCUGGCCAUGCUCAGGCAGGUCAUCGGUCAGCUUCAAGAGCACUUGCAACUCUACGGUUCUCCUCCUCUUCUUCCGCCUGCUCCACCUUCCUCUCCUCUUCACCUUCUUCACUUUCACCAACUGCCUCAUCCACCCGACGACCACCACCCCAGGUGGUGCUUGGCCAAUGUUGAUGAUACUUCUGCAGACGAUUACUACAGUCUCGUAAUGGCUGCUGGGAAAUCUGGAAGUUGUAAGAUGUUGGAACCUUUCAAACCUCCACCAAGCAAGAAAUCACGAAAGGAGCGGAACCGAGAGAAAUUACCUGGAAGUACCCCUACACUUGAGGUUAUGGAACAAGAAAUUUGGAAAGAAUUCCCCGAGGACCUUUUUGAAGCUGUCAUUGCAAGGCUUCCCAUUGCCACAUUCUUCCGCUUCCGCUCAGUUUGCCGUAAAUGGAAUUCCUUGCUAGACUCACAAAGUUUCUCUCAGCAUUGUGCUGAAAUUCCACCAGCCAAUCCCUGGUUCUAUACCAUUACUCAUGAAAAUAUGAAUUUUGGAGCCAUGUAUGACCCUUCCACAAGGAAAUGGCACCAGCCAACAAUCUCUUUUCUGCCGUCAAAGAUGAUUGCUCUGCCAGUUGCUUCUGCAGGUGGUCUAGUUUGCUUUCUUGAUAUUGGUCAUAGAAACUUCUAUGUCUGCAAUCCUUUGACUCAGUCAUUUAAAGAGUUGCCAGCUAGGUCAGUUAAAGUGUGGUCACGUGUUGCUGUGGGAAUGACUCUGAAUGGAAAUUCAACCAGUGGAGGGUACAAGAUCUUGUGGGUGGGGUGUGAUGGAGAGUAUGAAGUUUAUGACUCAGUGAAGAAUUCAUGGAGUCGACCAGGAAGCAUGCCUUCAAACAUUAAGCUGCCACUAUCGCUGAACUUUCGGUCACAGGCAGUUUCAGUUGGUAGCACACUUUACUUCAUGCGAUCAGACCCUGAAGGCAUUGUGUCCUACAACAUGGUUACUGGGGUAUGGAAGCAAUUUAUUAUCCCAGGCCCAUUACAGCUGAGUGACCUCACACUUGCAGAGUAUGAGGGCAGGAUCAUGCUUGUGGGAUUGCUGACUAAAAAUGCCGCCACUUGUGUCUGUAUAUGGGAGCUGCAGAAGAUGACGCUCUUGUGGAAGGAGGUUGACAGAAUGCCAAACAUAUGGUGCUUAGAGUUUUAUGGGAAGCACAUUAGAAUGACUUGCUUGGGCAACAAAGGUAUGCUUAUGUUGUCAUUGAGAUCAAGACAAAUGAAUCGAUUAGUUACGUACAAUGUGAUAAGCAGGGAGUGGCUGAAGGUUCCCGGAUGUUUUGUACCACGGGGGAGAAAGCGUCAGUGGAUAGCAUGUGGCACUGCCUUUUACCCGUGCCUGACUGCUACUGCUUGAUUGCCAACCCUUUGUGUUUGUGGCAGCACUGGCAUGUUAAGGUUUUUCCUAUUUUUCUGAAUUUGCCACUGCAUUUAUGCUUUGGUUACUAACAAGCUCUGCUGCUAGUUCCUCUUCAGCCGGAUUUUCUUUGUUUUAAUGGCGUAAACAAGAAUGCCUAUGUUCUUUUUUUUUUUUUUUUGUACAAACAUGUGGAUGAAUAACUUUAAUUUCAGAAGCGUUUUGUGUAAGCGCACCUCAUAUCAAUUAUGGUGAAUUAAGAUAAUGGUUACACAGGAUUGAGUGGUUAAUUGCAUAGAUUUGUUUCUCAACAGAAAAGGUAAGUUGUAGUUCUAAUAAUUUGGUUGGCCUGGCAGCUCCUUGUAAAAUGAUUGUGGAAAUCUCAUUCAGCAUACUGUUUGAUCACGAGAGCCUGUUACACGCCUAUAGAAUCUCUCUUUCCUUGAAAUGAUGUAAAGGAAAUAGGAUUUUCUGGUAUUUAGCCACCAGCCACCACUGUAUCUUUGCCCAACUGUCCUCCCACUAAAAGGUGAAAAAGCGCAGGCAGCAGGCUAGUUUUUCCUGAAUAUAGUUAACACAGCAUUACCAUCAACCCAGAUGCAGUUGAAUGGUAUUAAUACCAAUGGAAUAACUCAUAAGAUAAUGUGAGAGAGUAAAAUUUGGAAUAUGAAGUGGAGUUUUUUCCCAUGAAAAUUUAAAAAGAAAUCGAUUAUUUCAAUUUAACCAUA